AUGGAUAACAUCGAGAAAAUCGUGCAAGCUCAAAAGACGAUUGCAACUGAGAUCGAAGUAAUUAUCAGAAAUUACAAAAAGGACUCCAGCGAUAGGAAGCAGACACCGGCAUAUUUUGAAAAACGACUUCAGGAUCUCAAGAAGGCAUGGCAACAAUUCGAAAUCAAUGAUAAUACCCUCCAGAAAGAAUGUUCGGAAGACAAGUCGCAUGAAUACUUCACUAAGAAUUUCUAUGAACAGGUAUUGAAAAUUUGGGAACAAUACGAAGCCACUUUUAGUGAACAAAUAACAUUGUUGUCAAACGUAACCUCAUUCGCCACUAAUAAGAAUGUAGAAGCACAAGUAAUAGCUACGAAAAACAGCUCAUGUGAUUCCAAUAAACUAUCUCUAAUGAUGCGACGCCAACAAGAGUUUGGCAAAACUAUAAAACGUCAACUAAUUGACGCUAACAUCACCACGGACAUACCUUUAGCACGUAAGGUACUGUUGAAGGAUUCUAUUCUUCGCUUAUGGGCCCAUUUUGAGGAACUCCAUUACAGCAUUUGUGAAUUAGAAUCCAAUCCAGCAACUAUUGGAUAUGAUGAAGAAGGGUUUAUAUCGUUAGAAAGAGAAGUCCAAAAUAUGUCCUUAAAGGUGGAAGAGUUGAAACUUGCUUCAACGUCUUCGCAUACCUCAACAUUAACAUCUGCAUCAAUGCAGUUACCACGAGUAAUAAUACCAAGGUUCAGUGGGAACUACUUGGAAUGGAGGCAAUUUCGCGACUUGUUCAAUGAAGUGGUAAAUAAACAAUCACUUGCGAAUUGCCAAAAAAUGUUUUAUCUAAAAUCGAAUUUGGACGGAGAAGCAGCACGUCUAAUUGCUCAUUUAACAGUAUCUGAGGAUAAUUUUAGUAGUGCCUGGAGUUUACUUUGCCAGCGCUACGAUAAUAAGCGGCUUCUUGUGAAUGCAUUUAUUGCAAAACUUAUUUCUCAACAAAUUAUAACAUCUGAAAGCUCUGAAGCUAUCAAACGACUCCAUGAUACAACUUCUGAGUGUAUUCUUGGACUUAAAAAUCUUGAAAUCAACAUCGAAAACUGGGAUCCAAUAAUACUUUUCAUUUUGACGAAGAAAUUGGAUCCAAUAACACACAGCUUGUAUGAACAGAACGUGAAGGAUCCAAGAAGAAUCCAACAGUUAAAUGAAUUUCUGGAAUUUUUAGAACUUCGCUUCCAAGCAUUAGAGGCAAUUGGAGGCAAGAGCAUUAACAAGGCGUGUUUAAAUACUACAAAUGGAAUGUUAAAAUGUUUAGCUUGCAAGGGAGAUCAUAAAACUUCCACUUGUAAAAAUUACUUGAAAAACCCCCCGGAAAUUCGCAGAAAUAUGAUUCUCAGUGCCAAACGUUGUGUAAAUUGCUUGCGCUCGGGCCAUUUUUCAACAAAAUGCCCAUCUCAGGGUUGUCUGAAAUGCAAAAGAAGGCAUCAUACAACUUUACAUGAACUUUAUGCUGCCAAUGGCAAGUCUCAGGUCACUACUGACUCAUCGCGAAAUAACGAUUCACACCAAUUAGGUGGGCAUGCAGCAGCUACGCUUACAACAAGUAGACCCGUAGAGUUGAAGAAAUCUUAUGGUUUACUAGCAACUGUAAUAAUGACGGUUCUGAAUUCUCAGGGCGUGGAAUGCAAGAUGCGUGCAUUACUGGAUUCAGGCUCACAAGUGAACCUCAUAACAGAACGAGCAGCACGAAAACUUGGGCUAACUCAAUUAUCAAGCUCGCUGAAUCUUAGUGGCGUCGGUCAGAAAAACAAGUGCUCAAAAAAAAGAGUCUACGUAGUUAUAUCAUCUAGUGUAACUAACUACAAAACUGAAAUAGAAGCUCAUAUGUUGCCAACAAUAGUUGCAAAUCAGCCUGCAAUUGAACUGGAUACAUCAAAUUGGGCUAUACCAGAAGGAGUUGUGUUGGCUGAUGCCCAAUUCAACAAACCAGGUCCAGUAGAUAUUCUUAUUGGCGUUGAAUUAUACAACGACAUGGUUCUGCCAAGGAGAAUUUCGCUAGGAAACAAUUAUCCAAUGUUACAAAAAACUGUGUUUGGGUGGAUGGUCAGUGGUCGGAUUUCUGGGUUUUCGUCUUCUGCAUCGAUUUGCGGUGUUCUUACAAAUAAUGUAGAACUCGACCUGCACAAAUUUUGGGAACUAGAGGAGAUACAGCAAGGUUCGUCGGAUCAAACACUUGAAGAACAGCAAUGUGAGGAACACUUUAAUCGAUCUGUGGCAAGAUCAACUGAUGGUAGAUUCGUUGUGAAAUUACCAUUCAAAGGAGAAGUCACUUCUUUAGGCUAUUCGCAAAGAUUAGCACAGCAACGUUUUUUCGCUGUAGAAAGACGUCUCAACGGAGACCCUGAAUUCAAAACAACAUACAAUAAAUUUAUGGAAGAGUACAUCAACCUGGGACAUAUGAGUGUGAUCAACCCAGAUGAUAUAAUCCAUCCCUGUUAUUUUUUGCCUCAUCAUGGAGUUCUUCGACCAGAGAGCUCCACCACGAAACUUCGAGUAGUGUUCGACGCCUCUGCACCAACUUCCACAAGCAUAUCUUUAAAUGAUGUGUUAGCUACUGGUCCAACUAUCCAGGAUGAUUUAUUCGCUAUACUGACACGUUUUCGUUUAUCUAAAUUCGUUUUCACGGCCGAUAUCGAGAAGAUGUAUCGUCAAAUUAUGGUGGACCAAGAUGACCGUCGAUUCCAACUAAUUUUAUGGAGAAACAACGACAAUGAGCCUCUUCGAACUUAUCAACUUAAUACCGUAACUUAUGGGACAUCGUCAGCACCGUAUCUUGCCACAAAAUGCUUGCAACGGUUGGCUGAAAUUGAAGAAAGUAGGCACCCGACAGCUGCAGCUAUCGUCAAAAGAGAUUUUUACGUAGAUGACGUCAUGACAGGGUUCAACAGUAUGUCUGAAGCAUUACAUGCACGAAACGAACUUAUAAAACUAUUGCACAAGGGUGGCUUUAAGCUUCGCAAAUGGUGCGGCAAUCAUCCAAAAUUAAUGGAAGGGUUGCACCCAUCCGACAUAGCUGUACAACUAGACUUCAACACGAUGGAAUGCGGUCACAUUAAGACAUUGGGCCAAGUGUGGAUCCCAACAACAGAUGAGUUUAAGAUACAGAUCAACAAAAACGAACACGUCAAAUAUACUAAAAGAAGUAUAUCAUCCGACAUUUCUCGAAUUUUCGAUCCGCUUGGGCUCGUUAGUCCAGUCACAGUAGAAGCUAAAUUGUUCUUGCAACACUUGUGGACGCUGAAACUUGAUUGGGACGAAGAAUUGUCAAACGAGCUAACCUGUCAAUGGGUGCGUUACAUGGAAAGCUUAAACUGUCUCAAUAACAUAAAACAGCCACGUCAUCUUUUCGGAAACGAGAUUCCAAAAUCAACGCAAAUACAUGCUUUCGCCGAUGCUUCAGAACGAGCUUACGGCGGAGUAAUUUAUCUACGUUCCAUUACGCAGCACGGACAAGUGAUUGUCCGCCUCCUUUGUGCUAAAUCGAGAUUAGCCCCAAUCAAGAAAUUAACAACCCCAAAGUUAGAACUAUGCGCCGCUCUACUAACAGCACAAUUAUUAGCUAAGGUAAAAAAUUGCAUGCAGUUGACAGAUACCACAACACAUUUAUGGACAGACUCGGAAAUUGUAUUGGCAUGGAUCAAUUCAUCGGCAGCCUCCUACUACGCAUUCGUGGCAAAUAGGGUGACAAAAAUUCUCGAAAUUUCCAGCAAGGGCCAAUGGCGACAUGUUAGAUCCAAGGAUAAUCCUGCCGACAUACUAUCGCGCGGCAUUGAAGCAUCCAAACUAAGCAGCUGCCACUUAUGGUUUUACGGUCCUAUGUUCCUGCAUGGUCACCAGUCACUAUGGCCUGCUCCAUUCAAAGCCAGAUCAGAAUGUAAAGUGGAACUUAAGAGAUCAAUACAUGCAGUAACAAUCGAUCCCAACAAACCACAUUUCUUACACAAUAUCGAUCAUAAGAAUUCCUUUUCCAAAUUGGAAAGAAUAACUGCUUAUGUUAUUCGUUGCACACAAAUUCUCCGGAAGGCAUCAUUGGAACAAAACGAAUGUCACUUAUCCAGUGUAGAAUUGACACGUGCUCGUCAAGUGAUCAUUCGCAUGAUACAAGACGAGGGAUUAGCAGAAGAAAAAAAUUCACUUCGUAAGGGCUUAGAAGUCAGCAAAACUAGUACAAUUAAGGCUUUGUCUCCAUUCAUUGAUCAACAAGGUCUUCUAAGAGUUGGCGGGCGGCUUCAAUCUUCCUCACUUUCAUUUGAGGCGAAGCACCCAGUCUUGCUACCAGAUUGCCCAUUAACAAGGCUGUUAAUACAAGAGACUCAUGUCCGCAACAAACAUAUUGGACCACAAGGAUUAAUGGCAAUCAUGCGACAGCAAUACUGGCCACUCAAAGGAAAGAUGACAGCAAGAACUAUUAUUCACAAAUGCGUUAUCUGCACCAAGGCGAAACCGACACUACUAAAUCAAAUCAUGGGAAAUUUGCCAACUGAUCGCGUUGAACCAGCACGAGCAUUUGUAAACUCAGGAGCUGACUUUUGGGGUCCAAUAUGGACUCAUUAUCGGGAAAACGUCCAACAAAAAGCUACGUGGCCGUAUUUUGUUGCUUUGCAACAUGAUCGCGUUGAACCAGCACGAGCAUUUGUAAACUCAGGAGCUGACUUUUGGGGUCCAAUAUGGACUCAUUAUCGUAUCAGGGGAAAACGUCCAACAAAAAGCUACGUGGCCGUAUUUUGUUGCUUUGCAACAAAGGCCAUACAUAUGGAGGUAGUCACAGAUCUUACAACUGACGCAUUCAUCAUGGCAUUAAAACGUUUCAUAGGAAGAAGAGGGAUGUGCCGGAAAAUAUACUGUGACAAUGCCACUAAUUUCGUUGGAGCUAAUAAGGAACUUGCUGAACUAAAAAAUGCUGUGUUCGAUGAAAGAAGCCAAGAAAAAAUACAGGGUGUUUGCUGUUCGUACAAUAUCGAUUUUAAGUUCAUCCCACCACGAGCCCCACACUUCGGUGGAUUGUGGGAAGCUGCCGUCAAGUCAGCAAAAAAUCUAUUUAAACGAAGUGCAUCGAACGUCAGUCUUACAUACGAGGAGUUAGAAACACUCAUAAUAGAAAUCGAAGCGAUUUUGAAUUCGAGACCACUAACUCCGACGUCAUCAGAUGCUAACGACCUAACCGCCAUAACUGCUGGACAUAUCUUAAUCGGUGAUCCCCUCACUGCAACAAUUCAUGUUGACGCGAAGCCUCUACAUUUAAAUUUAAAAAAAAGAUAUGAGCGCAUUAUCAGUAUUAAAGACGACUUCUGGCAUAGAUGGCGGUCAGAGUACUUAAGUGAUUUACAGCACCGAUCAAAGUGGCAAAAGGUCCAAGACAAUGUCAAAGUGGGCCAAAUGGUUCUAAUUCAUGAAGAUAAUACACCGUCACUUCAGUGGCCGUUGGGGAGAAUAGUAGAAACCUUCAUAGGCCCAGAUGGAAAAAUUCGUGUAGCUAAUGUGCGUACCAAAAAUGGUAUAAUAAAACGAGCAAUUCAUCGACUAGCACUACUGCCGAUCGAUACAAGCGAACCAAUCGAGCAAAACACAUCCGAAAAACCAAUAUGCAUAAAUGAAACAAUAACGGAGGCCCCUACGCCAACUGUUCAAGAUAGUACCCCAAAAAAGCGGCGACGACUCAGCAUAGGAAACGUUCUGCUAACAACUUUAAUGGCCUGUUUUGUGACUGCAUCCCAAUGCAGCCCAAUCGUCGAGCAAUUUACCAGACCUGGACUCUAUUUCGAAAACAUCGGAGCUACCAAAAUCAUAUCAAGUCAGUGGAACAUUGUAGUAUACUACAAUUUAUCAUCUUUUUGGAUUGCCUGGGAUUCGAUUAGGUCGACUACAGCAGCCCUUGAUAACAUUUGUCAUCAAAGCGGUGGCCAAUUUGCAUGCGACAGACUCGUAACCUUUUAUGACCACUGGCACAGCGACAUUGAAAUGGAAAAUGCCCUACUCAAAUCCCCUAUUGCAAGAUCGAAACGGGGAGCAAUAAAUAUUAUUGGAAAUGUAGCUAAUUCCUUGUUUGGCGUAUUAGACUCAAAUUAUGAAACAGAGAUGAAACACCAUUUGAGCCAAAUCUACGACAACGAAGAAUACCUUAACAAAUUACUUAAAAACCACACAUCAAUUUUGGACGCAACACUAAACAUCUUGAAACAAACUCAAGACGCCUCAAAACGGAAAUUCACUGACUUAGAUGCACAAAUAAAGUUGAUAAUGUCAACUAUCAAUAAUGUCAGUAAUGCACUCGACAAAAGUGCAUUAUAUUAUACAUUUACUUCAUUGGCGUUGCAAGUACUAACGUUAACUCACAACUUCCAAAUGCAACAACAGGCCUUAAUAGACGCUAUCACCGAUGGUCAUCAUGGCAAGAUUAAUCCUCUACUCAUAUCCACUGAUCAGUUUCGAAAGGAACUGCAAAACAUUCGGACACACUUAUCGCAAAAUCUACAACUUCCAAUAGAAGAUGACAGCAUCUUGGAGUAUUUUCGACUCAUUGAACUCAAGCUAUUUAAAACGGAUACACAGGUUGUAUUUUCGCUACUACUGCCAUUAGUAGAUUCUGAAACAUUUGAAUUGUUCCAAUUAACACCAAUUCCAGCUGCAAUAAAUGGGUCACUUGUCAUCAUUAAACUUUUAACAAGAUUUAUCGGAAUAAAUUUGCAUAAGGAACAACUGUAUCCUAUGAAUAAGGAGUUGGUCGGUUGUCAUGAGACGCAACCAGCUGUCAACUUCAACGACUCGAUCAAAAUACCACUUGGUUCCAGCUACACAAUUCUAAUCAAUGGAUUUACGGCAUGA